AUGAAUGCCGUAAAUUGUCCUCUUUUUCCAAUUGCAAUGAGUAAAGUAGCUUCCAUGGGGCAUGGAUAUACGGGACCUUCCUACCAUCAAGUUCGUGUAAAUUUGUUGAAAGAUGCUAAGCAAUCUGUGAAACUUAUAGUUGAUUCUUAUAGAGAGCAAUGGGCUGAAAGAGGUUGCAUUAUAAUGAGUGAUGGAUGGAGAGACGUUAGACAAAGAGCUCUAAUUAAUAUUUUGGUUUAUUUUCCAACGGGGAUUUCAUUCAUCAAAUCUGUUGAUGCUUCUGAUAUUGAAAGUAAUGUUGAAGGUUUAUGCAAUUUGUUUAGUGAAAUUGUUGAGAUUGUUGGUUCCAAGAAUAUUGUUCACUUGGUCAUUGAUAAUGCUGCAAAUUACAAAGUUGCGGGAAGAUUAUUAUGUGAUAGAUAUCCAAUGAUUUCUUGGUCUCCUUGUGCGGCUCACUGUAUAAAUUUGAUCUUGAAGGAUGUUUCAGAACUGGAAGAUGUGUCUACUUUGAUACAACUUGCAUCACGAAUUACAGUUUUCAUCUACAACCACAAGUGGCCUCUAAAUUGGUUGAGGAAAAGACCCGGUUGGACAGAAAUUAUCCGUCCUGGGGCCACCCGAUUUGGCACAUCAUCCAUUGCAUUGAAGAGUUUACAUGAUCAUAAGCAUGAUUUGCAAGCUUUAGUAACCUCUCUUGAUUUCAAAAAGAUGUUGAAAGUGACUAAAGCUAAUGAUGUGAAAGACACUAUCUUAGAUCCGAAGUUUUGGAAUAAUUGUUUUAUAACGGUUCAGGUGAUGACUCCUAUCUUGAGACUUUUGCGUAUCUGUGAUUCCGAUGAAAAGCCUUCAUUAGGCUACGUUUAUGAAGGUAUGCUUAGGAUAAGGAAAGGAAUCAAAGAGUUGUUUAAAAGGAAAAGAAGAAACUAUAAGAGGUAUGUUGAUAUCAUUGAUGCUCGUUGGGAUAAGAUAUUACGCAAAAGUCUUCAUGCAGCAGCUUAUUGGCUAAAUCCGAUAUUUCAAUAUGAAAAAGAUAAUCGUGAAGAAAAGGAUAAGGCAUGGGUAGGGGUGCUUGAUAUGAUUGAGAAGUUAACGACUUUAGAUAACAGUGUGCAAAUAACUAUUUCACACUUGGCAAAAUUUCGGGAUAAAGUAGGUACUUUUGGUCGAUCUGUUGCUUUGAAUUCUGUGGAGCUUGAGCGUCCAGAUGAGUGGUGGAAAGCGUUCGGUGGAUAUGUAUCGGCGGCAAAAAUUUGCCAUAAGAAUUUUAAGUCAAACCGCAUCCUCUUCUGGAUGCUAAAUGAGAGCAAAAGGCCAUAUGACCCGGUUGAUUACCAAGGCAUAGACAAAAACGAAUUUUGGGUGGUGGAAGAUGAGAAGGAAGCCGAGCUUAACUAUGAUGAUUUAGAAAAUAUGCUCGAUGAGGAGGAACUACUAAUUGACCUUGAUUCACAAACACAACCAUCCGAAGGCCAAGAAUUCAACGAAGAAGAUAAUGUGGUUCAAGUUGAUGUUGCUAUUAAUGUUGAUCAUGAUGAUGGCGAUUUUUAUGAGGAAUCGGAUUCGCAAGAUGAUUGGUAG